CCCUCCCUUCCAAGUUCCCAUCAGACACCUAGAAAAUAAAACACGCAGAACGCCACCAUAGAGCAGAGAAGCUCUAGAAGGGAAACUAGCACAGGCUGAAAAUCUUAAGAGAGCCAAGCAAAGAUGAUUAUCCCAGUUCGUUGUUUUACUUGCGGCAAGGUGAUCGGAAAUAAAUGGGAUACGUAUCUUGAUCUUCUUCAAGCCGAUUACACUGAAGGAGAUGCUCUUGAUGCUCUGGGGUUGGUUCGUUAUUGUUGUAGAAGAAUGCUUAUGACUCAUGUUGACCUCAUUGAGAAGCUUCUGAACUACAAUACUCUGGAGAAAAGUGAGGGCAGUUGAGAAGCUCAUUGCAUCACGGUUGACAUGAAGCUGGUUAUGGAAAUUGAUGAUUAAUUGUUGGAUGUGUGGUGAAUAUGGUGAAAGUAGACAUGGGACGAAGUUCAAAUACUGUAUACACUUUUAACCACUCUUGCCUUGCAUACUUCGUUUUGGAACCUAGUCACUGUUUAAGACCAAUGUUUUGAGAAGCUUAUCAGUCAUUUUAAAUGCCUGUUGUGCGA